AUGUUAAAACGUCCACAUGAUAUAGUCGAAAUAUCUGAUGAUGAUUCAGAUGAACAAUCAAAUGAUACAGGUGAACUUGUAACAGAUGAAGAAGAUAACGAUGAUUCUGACGACGAGGAGAAACUAUUCAAAGUUUUAACAGACACUUUGAAAAGUUUUAAGAAAGCUGGUUCUUUCUAUUGUGAAGGAGAGGAAGAGGUUGCAGCACCCAGAAUUGAAAUUAAUGAUAUUGGUGUUUUAUCAUUCCCAGUUCACCCAUUUCAAGUGAAACAGAUCAUUGAUAAAUGUAUCAGAGCUCCAUAUGGAAAAGGAACUGAAACAAUUACCGAUACAAACAUCAGAAAGGUAUGGCAAUUAUCACCUGAUUCCUUUAAAUUCCUAGGCGGCAAACAAUGGAAUCAAUUCUUUGAGAGAACACUCAAGACAGUUGGUCAGAAGUUGGGACUUGACAACACAAAGAUCGAAGCAGAGUUAUACAAGAUGUUGAUCUAUGACAAAGGUGCAUUCUUCAAACCACACAAAGACAGCGAGAAAGGUGAGAGAAUGUUUGGAACAUUGGUCAUAUCAUUACCAUCUGUUCAUACUGGUGGUGAUCUCAUUCUUCAACAUGCUGGAAAGACUGUCACCAUAUCAAUGGAGAAUAGUAGUGUGUCCGACAUGAAAUAUUCAGCAUUCUAUGCAGAUAUCAAACAUGAAGUCAAAGAAGUCACUGAUGGAUAUCGUGUUUGUUUGGUUUACAAUCUUUGUCGAUCUGGAAAGAUCAAUAACGAUGACUUGAUCACCAAGAAACCAAAAAUCAAACAACCUUUAAAGAAACGAAAGACCAACGCAAAGAAAGUAGUACAGGAAGAGGAGUCGAGUAGUAGCAGUAGUGACGAAGAGGUUUUCAUUAGACCAGUAGAUUCCAAUGGCGAAGAGAUUGUGGCUGAUGUUCGUAAAUAUUUAUCGUUAGCUUUUCGAAAACCAAAACGUAAUUGUUUGGUUUACAUCUUUGAACAUGAAUACACUCAGAAUCAGUAUAACAUGGAUUGUCUCAAAGGUCAGGAUGCAAGAAUUGCAUCAACUCUUCUCAAGGCUGCAAGUGGUACUGGCUAUUCAUGUCUCAUUGGACUCGUUGAAUUGGAAGAGGAAGGAACUGCAGAAGAUGAUUAUAUUGAUUUCUACGACUACCGAGGAAGAAGAACAGGAGGAAUGGUGGGAAAUAAUUUUAGUGUUUGCGAUUCCGAAGUAAAUCUUUCAUUUAAACAUUUGAUCGACGCUGGAACCAACCAAAAGUACACUGGAUUGAAUUUGAAUGCUGAAGAAUCAGACAUAUUCCCAUCGUUUGACAAAGAAACCUGCAAAUGGGGUCGUCCUGACUUACAACCUACUGGUAACGAAGGAACCACCUUUGAGAGAUUCUACAGUCACAGUGCAAUCAUUUUAGUGAAGGACCUCGAUUUGGAUUUAUACAAAAGUAUACGUGAUGAACAAGCAAAGAUCGACACGUUUGAAAAAAGAACUGACUUGGAUCUGGACGAAAAGAGAAGAAGUUUCAACAAAAUGGUUAAUUCAUUAUGUGGAAGUAGUACAAGUUCAGAUGUCCAGAGUGAAAACACAACUACUCUUUUGAUUAAUCAUUUCUAUAGUCUAUAUUCACAAGGAAAUGGAUUUGAACAUUCAGAUUCAAUCAUCAAUAUCUGCAGCUUAAUUGCCCGACGUACCAUUACCGAUACACACUUUUGUGAUAAACUUUCAAGGUGCUUCAAUAUUCUUGCGAGACAAGGUCAACAAGAGUAUAUCACCAAAUCAUUAGCAGUAUUUGCAAGUCAUAGUUUAUUCAGUUCCAAUUCAAAUACAUUCUUUAAGUUAUUGGAACAAUCAAUGGGAUUAGAACCAACAUUCAUUGGUGAAAUCGAUAAAAUCUUUGCAAAAGAAUCAACUAAUAGUAAUAGUACUAAGUCAGGACAACCAAAGAAAGGCAGUAAUAGCAAGGUAGAAGCGAAUAAUAAUAGGGAUAGUAUCAAGUUAGAAUCAAUUCCAACAACAGAAUUAGGAGCAAUAAUAUUAGAAUCAUAUAAGAAUAGUCCAUCACCAAAGAUGUCGUAUAUUUUCGAAACAUAUAAUCAUAUUAAAUCGAUACUCAAUAAGAUUGGCAACAAAAAACAAACAGAAUCACUUUUAAUCAAUCUUUCAUUAGAUUCAAAGAUUAUGUCAAAUCUCAAUGUAAGCGAAUGGAAGGGUGUACCAGAAACAAUUGGUUUCUUACUCAGUAACAGCGAGAUUAGUGUUGAGACCCAGCGCACAUAUAUCGAUAAAAUUUCACUUGACGAAGAUAGCAGAAGCCAUAGCUUCACAUCUGUCCAAAUAUAG